AGUUUUUGAGGUGCUUUCUAAGUUAGUUCAUCAGAAAAAAACUAAAUUUAAGAUGUCGAUGGUGCCGCUACUCUUCCGAGACUGGUGGGACGAAGAGGACUUGUCUCGACCGUCGCGCCUCCUCGACCAGCAUUUCGGCCUCGGCCUGAGGCGCGACGACCUCCUCAGUUCGCUGAGCAGCAUCCAGCGGAGGCCGAGGCUGGGCACCUACAUCAGGCCGUGGGCCAACACUUCCACCGCCUUGCAGAGGCAGGAUUCCGGAUCGACCAUCACCCAGGACAAGGACAAGUUCCAGGUGAUCCUCGACGUGCAACAAUUCGCCCCCAACGAAAUAGUCGUCAAAACCACCGGCAACAGCAUCGUCGUGGAAGGCAAGCACGAAGAAAAGCAGGACGAACACGGUUUCAUUUCGCGUCACUUCACCAGACGCUACCUCUUACCGGAAACGCACGACGUCGAGAACGUCGUUUCCUCUCUGUCAUCCGACGGCAUUUUAACGGUCAGCGCGCCCAGAAAAGGCGAGAGGGUUCAGAAUACUGAAAGGACCGUGCCCAUCACUCAAACGGGACCUGCUAAGGCUACGGUGCAAUCUACUGAUCCCCAACCCAGGGUGGAGCACCCCACCAGCUAAGAUGAGAUUGAAUAUUACCAGAAUUAUUAUUUUAUGUUCACUAUCCAAAAUACUGUAACAUUAUUUAUCAAGAAGGAUGAAAAUUGUUUAUUUGUUGCAAUAAACAAAAUCAUGUCCCCCAAAAGUAUUCUGCAAUAACGAAUAAAAUCAAUAAUAGCAGUUGUGUGCGACUUGAAAUAAUAAACUUUCUAGUUUUAUUGGAUCUGAAAUUUAUUAUAGAAUUCCAUCAACAAUAAGUCUAAUAAUUAUAACUUUCAGAAACAGGUUAGGGGCUGGAUUAUAGAAAAUGCAAUAAAAAAUCGAUGAUCUUUUUUAACCAACUCUAUUUCCAUAUUUUAUUCUUGGUUUUAAGGUAUCUUGAUCAUUUAUAUUAAUUCGCAGAGUUACGAUGUUCACCCGUAGUUUGAAAAGUCAUCGCGACGUCAUCUUGAUCUUGGCGGCAGCGAAUUUGAUUAUUUUUAUUUAAUUUGAGUAUUUUCAUAGUACAGAAAUAAAUUGAUACAUGUAAUAGUUUAUCUCUUUCAGAUACAGGUCACUAACCUUUGUGAAUGAUGAAAUUCGAAAUAUAUUUGUAACUAAUAUUUGAUGAAAACCUGUAUACUUUACAUAAUUUAAUAAAUAAUUAAACAGGGUCAAGAAUAUGACGGUGCCUAUAACUCAAACGAAACCUGCUAAGGCCUCGGUACAAUGUAUUUUCUGUGUCACAGAUUUAUCUAUUUUAACCUAGAACGAUAUUAUUAUUUGAAGAAUCACAUUCGAGUUUUCAACUCCAUGGUUCCAAUGUUUAGGUAUGUAUGGCGACAUGCCAUUUCAGAUUUGUUCAAACUAUUCAAUAAUGAGUUAAAGCUAAUAUUAUCGGAGUUUUAUAUGAAACCGUUGAUGGAGAUUAUGAUUUUAUAUAUGUUCACUAUUCAAAAUAUUCCAACAUUAUUCAUCAAGAAGGCUGACAUUUUUUCAAUUGUGGCAAUAAAUAGAAUCUUGUGAAAUUUGUCCCAUUCGAACAGGAUUAUUUCAUAUUGAAUAUCAAUUCUGCACAAGAUCUUAGGACAAAGAGAAUAUUUGUAAAUGCCGGAGUUAAUUUGAUUUCUGAAUAUCUGUAGAUAUCAACGAAGAAUAAUUUAUAUUCAGAUUUGAAUGAUGUUUAAUGCAAGGUAAAAGAAAAAUAUGAAGGGAACCAGGGUACACUCUUUCCUUAAUAAAAGUUAGACAUGACCGGAUUUUCAUUUUUUUGUACAAUAUAGUCCACGAAAACAAAAUGCAGAAACCAAAAACCUGGAAUAUAAAUAUUAUUGGUUUGUUUCUGUAGAAAUCCUCAUGAAAUUCUGAAGUACCUGUUUCCCCUAUCAUAAUAUCAUCACAGAAUUUUAUAAAUAUAUAUUCAAAUGGUUUUUUAAAGAAAAAAUUUUUCACUACCACGACAAACGAAGAAUCUUUCGAAUUCAAUAAAUAACAAAAGGAACUAUGACUUACCACCAUAUUAUUGAAAAUAUUAAAGCAUUCAAAUUCACAACAUAAAUUCAGAUUUAUUCUAUUUCAAUACAUGAUUCGCGCAAUGUUUUUAACGCCCCUAUUAAGCACCUGUUACAUUUUUAUUGUUUUGUAUAACCUGUAUUUGUCGGUGUUCUGGGUGAUGAGAUAACAAUAAUUUAUCACAUUGAUAUUGUCAAUAACUUAAUGAAAUAUUGCAAUAAAAGACAGCAUUGGGC